AUGCUUUUAGGCCAGAAUGCCUCUUAAUUUGCAUCCCUGGGGUAAGUGCUACUUUUGUGUCGAGGGGACCACAGACUGAUGUCCCUGACUGAAGGACCAUUUGUCAUCGACUCAGCUCUGACUCAUGGCCGCCCCAGGAACACAGAACAAACAUUGCCUAGAACGCUUGCAGUUGUCCAGCCUAGCACUAACUUCGUGAUCGCUGUGUACAUUGGCCUCGUGAUUGGUACAUCAUACAGUUUUCGUGAUUUAGCACGCGAGCCUUGUAUUUUCAGAAUGACGCAGCGAAAUUUCCAGUCAGUCUUGUCAUGGGAAUUUAAAAACCAUUCGAUUGUACCAACUCACUAUUCAUUAUGGUACACAGUCAUGAGUAAAAAGGAAGACAUGAAGGUUGUUGAGGACUGCACAAAUAUCACAAGACCGUUUUGCAACCUGACGAAUUUGUGGACCAGCACUGGUGAGACCUAUGUCCCCAAAGUCGUGGCGUUCAGAGGGAACUCUGCUCUGCUCAGCUGCAUGGGCAGUUUCUUCUUGGCCAUGAACACAAUGACUUUGGACCCACCGGACUUUGAGAUUCUUGGCUUUACAGACCACAUUAAUGUGACAAUGAAAUUUCCGUUCCCCAUUCCUGAAAAAAUCAGUGUGGGAAACGUACAGCGUUAUUUGUCACUCACCAUUGAGCAAAAGUCAGAGGCAAUUGUGAAAAAGCAUGAGGUCAAGAUAAAUGGAAACAUGUCUGAAAGUUUCAGUUAUGUCAUUGAGAAGUUAAUUCCAAACACCAACCACUGUGUGUCUGUUUAUUUUGAGCUUCAGAACCUAGGAAAAAUAGUAAGAUCUCCUUUAAAGUGCAUCCUUCUUCCUGGCCAGCCAUCAGAGUCGUCAGAGUCUGCCUAUAUAGGAGGAAUAAUCAGUGUGUUUUUAAUAGUAGUCUUCUUCGUAAGCAGCAUAAUAAUAAUGAAAAGGAUUGGUUAUAUAUGCUUAAAGAAACAUUUUCCCGCUGCUUUGAAUUUUUACAAGUGGCCAGCCUGCAUAAUUCUUGAGCCACAGCGGUCGGAAGCAGUGGACACCGUGGAGGUCAUUUGUAUCAAACGAAAGAAGAAAGUGUGGAACUACAGCUACGGUGAUGACAGUGACAGCGAGGACGAAGCAGCCCUGAGGAUGUGCCCGGGUGGCUACACCACGCGCGGACUGAUCGCCAAGCCCCUGCUUCAGGCCUCCACGAACUCUUCCACUGUUGAAGGGUCCCUAGACUCAGAUCCAGAGCUGGACAACCCAGACCUGCUGGAGGUUGAGGCUGAGGCCUCGUUGGAGUUAGGACCCAGCCCUGGGCAGUCGGAAUAUGUGAGUGAAGCCUACAAAGGGAGAGAGAGUGUGUCCCAGGACCCCAUCCCCAAGGAGGACAGCAUCUCCGAGGGGUCUGGGGACAGAGUAGCCUUCAAUGUAGAUUUAAACUCUGUGUUUAUGAGGGUUCUCGAUGAUGAUGGUGACACAGACAGUCCAGAAGAGACGGUCGAUCUCGAGGAGGACAGUGACCAGGAUUGUCUCCUUUUCACUGAGCCGGGGACGCUGCCACCUGACGCCAGCUCCUCAGGACAAUGCUGGUGGUCCGAAGACACACCUUCCGAGAAAAGCAACACCUCGGAGUCGGACGUUGACCUUGGGGAUGGUUACAUAAUGAGAUGA